CCCCGGCUAAAUAACGCGCCACAGAAAUGGCAAGCGUGGCUUCUCUGUGUUUUAUCUGUAACGGACAACUCAGCCGCUGACACACGUGAUGGUUAAUAAGAAAGUCUGCAUGGACACACGCGUAGCCGAAUGGCGUUUCAAAUGAUCGUGGCGCUUGAACGUCGAGCAGCACCGAUCACAUUUCCAGUGUUUCUCAUCCGCCGCGGCCUCCAGGCGUGAGGGCGGCGGUGAAUGUUGCAUGCCGAGCGUUCGUUCGGGCUGCUAACCCGUUUUGAGGAAUAGCAGGCGAGAAAAACCAAUCGACGAGGUCCGGGCUUGCUAAUGCCCCGACGUGAUUCGCUCCGAGCCCGAUGGGCCGAAGGGUAGCUGGUCGAAUUAGGACUCUUCAAAAGCGAGGGAUCCAGAAGGGAUGUUGUAUUGGGGAUGUGGAUGAAUCCCGUCGAGCGAGGUGUUUCGGUGCUGGUGUCGCGAAUCCCCCACGCCCGCGCCCACGCAGCGUCGGAUGAGACGGAAAGACUGAAGACGGCAUGGAAGUUCCAGAUACACGUGAGAUGCGCUAAUGAAGAUCACCAAGUCAUCCGAGGGGUUAGGAUCAUGGUUAGCGUCUGGGGGUGGCAACGGCCGUAAUAGGUGGUAGAGAUGGAGAGUGGGCGAAGGUGUGAGAGUUUACGCCGAACGGUCCACUGGCAGCGAUCCAACUGGCGUAAAUUGGCUAGCCGUCGCGAUUCCCCCACUUCCGCGGUCGCUUUGAUGCUCGUUUCAACGCGAAAAGGGGGAAUGGACCAAGGCUGGCCUGAAAUGAUCCGAGUGGCCCAAUGCGGGCAUCAAGUACUCCUUCCAUGGGCCAGCUAUCAUAUAUAAGAUACGACACGACCUAUCUUGUCUCGAUCGAUCACUCAUUCAUCCAGGCUUCGCUCUAUCGACUCAACACGAAUAAUAUACACCAUCAAAAAGAUGACUAUCGUCACCGAGAUGGCACCUUUGGCUGUAGUCGAUGAUUUGGCAGAUUCUCAAGAGCAUUGGAACAACUGGCCAAAUGCAAAGGGAUUCGAUCCUGAAUAUGAGCAACGCACGCCCGUGGAGCUUGCAGUGACUGGAAGAAUUCCUGCAUACGCCGCUGGUACCUUGUAUCGCACUGGCCCAGGCAAAAGCCAGGUCGAGACCGAAGAAGGCCAGACGUUCCAUAUCUCGCAUUGGUUCGAUGGAUUUAGCCAAACGCAUCGAUUCCAAAUCAUCGACUCGGGGGAAUCCGAGUCCACCAGAGUUCUAUACAAUUCUCGCUUCGCAACCGACGAGCUGGUUGAAUAUGUACGGAAGACCGGAUCUUUGGCUAGGUUGGGCUUUGGCCAGAAGCGUGAUCCAUGCAAGAGUGUAUUCAACAAGGUUCAAAGUGAAUUUGAACCGCCAAGCGGCCCCUCGGGCUCGAACGUUGGCGUCACUCUUUCAGUCAAUAUGCCCGGUCUUGAUGUCCAGCCAGAAGACGAGUCCACAGAACGCUGGGGAUCCGCCAAGGGCAUUCGCACCCUGUAUGCAAAGACCGACUAUAAUAAGUUCAAGAAGUUGGAUCCGGAGACUCUCGAGCCUAUCGGCCUCGCUUCCCAGGAAUCUCUCCAUCCUGAAUUGACCGGGCCAUUGGCAGCAUCCCAUGCUCGAUCGGACCCCAAGACUGGCGACAUGUUCAACUUCAACCUUGAACUCGGCCAAACUUGCACAUACCGCGUCUUUGGCGUUUCCGCUGCGACGGGAAAGACUACCAUUCUCGCCACUUUCCCCGGCACGCCUGCCUAUCUUCACUCCCUGCUCAUCACGGAAGACUACGUCUUGCUCUGUGUGUGGAACUCUCAUGUGAACCCGUUGGCCCUCGAGAACAAUUCCUUCAUGGACUCGAUCCUUCCAACUGAUCCCUCUCAGCCAGCAACCUGGUAUGUCGUGGACAGAAAGAACGGAAAUGGCUUGGUUGCAACGUACCAGAGCCCGGCCUUCUUUUGCUUCCACACCAUCAACUCCUGGCAAGAACCAUCAAAGGAAGACCCAACAAAGACGGACAUUGUCGCGGACCUGGUCAGGAUGGACAAUACUGAGUUCAUCUCAUCCCUCUAUUACGACAACUUGAUCUCUUCACGAUCCAGUGCAAAGGAAUUCGCCGCGAAGAGGGGAGAUGCACUGCGUUCAACUAUUACUCGUUUCCGCCUUCCGGGACUACCAUCCUCUCCCAGCUCUGAUAUUCUCAACGCUACCGUUGAAUGGUCUUCCUGCAAGUCCUUCUCCCCUGAGCUCCCUACUAUGAACCCAGCGUUUGUCACGGAGAAGCACCGCUACGCUUAUGCCACUACUUUCCGAGGAGAAGCUACAUUGACCGACGGGAUUAUGAAAUUCGAUUGCGAGACUCAGGAAACUCGCUUGUGGGCGCAUCAUGGCCAUUCGCCCGGUGAGGCAAUCUUCGUCGCGGACCCCGCGGGCGUGAGUGAAGACGACGGUGUCCUUCUUAGUGUUGUUCUGGAUGGUCUGGCUGGGAACAGCUACCUGCUGUGUCUUGAUGCUCACGACCUAACUGAACUUGGUCGAGCGAGUAUCAAGGGUGUCGUCGGUUUUGGCUUCCAUGGACAGCAUGUUCCCAUUGUAGGCUUGCCGACUGGUGACUACUAGGAAUUUUCUUCAUGUAUUUCUAUCCAAACUCAGUGGAGCUUAUCAGAAUGCAAAGAGCAACUCUAAAUUACUCUGUCUUAGCCACGCUGCAACCUUCUCUGUCUGU